AGGAGAGAUAAGCAGGGAGGGGGGCGUGGAUGUUCGCCACCGUGAAUAGAUUGAAGAACAGCAGACGGCGGACAGCAACUCCAACAAUGAGGCGUGGGUCUGCCGACGACGAUGACGACGUUUGAAAGAGUGAAUGAUGUCGUGGAAGGAGGAAUUCGGCGGAGCUAGCAGAAGCAGAGGGAAAUGUGCCAGGCACAACGUGGGUGGAGCGGAGCAAAAGCGGGCGGGCAGGCAGCGGAGAGGCAAGGCGUGGCGUGGCGAGGAGUGGCGUCACAGUCUGGGCGGCGGGCGCGGCGCGGGGGAAGGGGAUCCGGUGUUGAAGAAGGGCAGACCCGCGUCCCUGUUGGUUGACGUAUUGUCGAUAGAGCAGACUAUGUGGGAUGCGAGUGUCGAGGAGGAGAGAGGGUGGCCCAAGGUGUUUCGGAGGAUUGAAGAGAACGCCCUGCCCUGCCCAGUCCCAGUCCCCCCAGCACGGUCACACCGUCACACCCGUCACACCCCGUCAGAGACUAGCAGCCCUUCCGGACGAAAAGCCGAUUUGCGCAGCGAACAGGGAGAAAGAAAAGCCCUCGCAAUCCUCGUUCUUCACUCUGCCAGCCCUGCCAGUCACGUCCCCACGCCAAAUCGAGAUGGGUCGAGUCCGCCCUUUUCUGCAGCGGGCCAAAUGCGGCGCGGAUUGGUAAGCAGCACUGGCCCCCUUCAACCUGGCCCUUUCUUUCUUCUCCCCUGCCAUCUCACCACUGUCAACUCUCCUAGUCUACUACCGCGAAGACGGGAGAAGGCCAUCGAAUCUGUCCACGGGCCGUUGUAGGAGCCGAUGUUGGGACCCCCAGGCGGGUAUGGCGCAAUCAAUCCAGAUGAUGCGAAGAAGAUGAGGCUGGCUG